AUGGAGGCUGAUAUCAGAGCCGUGCUGCCCAACAUCGACCCAGUCGUGUCCGAGUACUCUGUGGGAUAUCUCACCCACGCCUCGACUACCUACUCGGAGGAGGAGGAAUCUUCUGGUGUGUCUCCUCUGAAUGAGGCUGCCAUCGCCAUCACCGAGCUUCUCCUGUCUGCAUCGGGCCAGGUAAACGCUGAGCUGGAGGAGAAGAUCAAGCAGCUGGUUGAGAAAUGGGUUGACAAGUACACCGAGGCCAAUGGCGGUCAGAGACGAGGCCCUUCGACGGUCAAGCGUCUUGACCACACCAUUCAGGUGAGCCAGCAGCGCAACAUGUCCUCAACUCUGGCCGUGGCCACUGGUGGUGUGGAUCUCGAGUCGGCAAACGCCAGAAAGGUCGAGUCCAAGGUCGACCGCAAGAAGCUCGAAAAGGCCGAACGAAAGAUCGCCGCCAAGCAGCAGAAGAAGACUUUCAAGACUGUCGAGUACGAGGCAUCCAGGCUGCUCGAGCAACCCGACUCUACCCAGUCCUACGAAGAGUUCUACAUGGCCGUCAACCCUCUCCAACUGGGCUCCAGCUCCGCAAACAAGACAAAGGAUAUCAAGCUCGACAACAUCGAUGUGUCUAUUGGUGGAAACCGUAUCCUUACCGACACGACACUCACGCUUGCCUAUGGUCACCGAUACGGUUUGGUUGGUCACAACGGUGUUGGUAAAUCUACGCUGCUCCGAGCUCUGUCGAGACGUGAGGUUGCUAUUCCGACACAUAUCUCUAUCCUGCACGUCGAGCAGGAGAUUACUGGUGACGAUACCCCGGCUAUCCAGGCGGUCCUGGAUGCAGAUGUCUGGCGCAAGGUUCUCCUCAAGGAGCAAGAUCAAAUCUUGGUACGACUCGCCGAGCUGGAAGAGCAGCGAGCCUCCCUGGCCGAUACCUCUGCCGAUGCAGCCAGACUUGACCACGAUAAGGAGACCCAGGAUACCAAGCUCGGCGACAUUCAAGCCAAGCUGGCCGAAAUGGAAUCAGACAAGGCCGAGUCGCGAGCUGCUAGUAUCCUCGCUGGUCUUGGUUUCUCGCCUGAACGACAACAGUUUGCUACUAAGACGUUCUCUGGUGGUUGGAGAAUGCGUCUGGCCCUUGCCCGAGCCCUUUUCUGCGAGCCCGACCUCCUUCUUCUGGACGAACCGUCCAACAUGUUGGAUGUCCCUUCGAUUGCCUUCUUGUCAGAUUACCUCCAGACCUACCCCAGCACCGUCCUCGUCGUCUCUCACGACAGAGCAUUCCUCAACGAGGUUGCCACCGACAUCAUCCACCAGCACUCGCAGCGACUCGAUUACUACCGCGGAGCCAACUUCGACUCCUUCUACGCUACUCGCGAAGAAAGAAAGAAGGUGGCCAAGCGAGAGUACGAGAACCAAAUGGCCCAGCGAGCUCAUCUCCAGGCCUUUAUCGACAAGUUCCGUUACAACGCAGCCAAGUCAUCAGAAGCUCAGUCACGUAUCAAGAAGCUCGAGAAGAUGCCCGUCCUCGAACCCCCCGAGGCCGAGUACAAUGUCAAGUUUACAUUCCCCGAAGUGGAGAAGCUGUCGCCCCCUAUCGUGCAAAUGUCGGACGUUACCUUUGGCUACAACAAGGACAACAUCCUCCUACGACACGUGGACCUGGAUGUGCAGCUGGACUCUCGAAUUGGUAUCGUUGGUCCCAACGGUGCUGGUAAGACUACGAUCCUCAAGCUCCUCAUUGGCAAGCUUGACCCUUCGUCUGGUCUGAUCUCGCAACAUCCCCGUCUCCGAAUUGGAUUCUUUGCUCAGCACCACGUCGAUGCCCUUGAUCUCAACGACAGUGCUGUGGGCUUCAUGGCCAAGAACUAUCCUGGACGAACAGACGAAGAGUACCGACGCCGACUGGGUGCUUUUGGUAUCACUGGUACAACUGGUCUGCAAAAGAUGGCUCUGUUGUCUGGAGGUCAAAAGUCCCGUGUGGCGUUUGCUUGUCUCGCUCUGACGAACCCCCACAUUCUGGUGCUGGAUGAGCCUUCUAACCAUCUUGAUAUCGAAGCCAUGGACGCCCUGGCGGAGGCUCUUAACGAGUUCCAGGGUGGUGUUCUGAUGGUGUCGCACGACGUGACGAUGCUGCAGACUGUAUGCACGUCGUUGUGGGUGUGCGAUGGAGGUACGGUUGAGAAAUUCCCCGGAGAUGUGCAGCAGUACAAGAAGAGGAUUUCUGCACAGGCGAAUGCGGCGGGAGUUGUCAAGCAGCAUUAA